AAAGAUCUCUCAGUAGGAUACCUUGCCCCUUCUGCAACCGAACCCUCUCUCUCUCUCUCUCUCUCUCUCUCUCUCUCUGUAAAAGAAAAAGUUUUAAAAUAGUAGUAGUACUUACCCUGAAGAAGCAGCAGAGGAAGGGUAGCUAAAAACAGAAGUGUUAAAUGCUCACCACCCACCGCUUUUAGCCUUCUAUCUUUCUUGUAACCUAACCUUGUAGCUCAGUCUUUCUUAUUCUCAGCUUUGAAGCGACCGCUUCAUUUUUUAAAAUCUCUCUCUCUCUCUCUCUCUCUCUCUCCCUCUCUUAUCUCAAGUUCUGCUUUCAGUUCUCUGUUUGAAACAGAGAAAAUGAGUAAACAAGAGUCAAUGAAGAUGCAGACUUGUGUUCUGAAAGUGAAUAUACAGUGUCACUGUGAUGGUUGUAAGAAGAAAAUAAAGAAACUUCUGCAAAAAGUUGAUGGGGUAUACAAUGCUACAGUUAAUGCAGAGCAAGGAAAAGUGACUGUAGCAGGAAAUUUUGACCCAGCAAAACUCAUAAAGAAGCUUGAGAAGUCAGGGAAGCAUGCUCAGAUAAUGGGAGGUCCAAAGGGUUUCAAUAACUUCCAAAACCUUCCCAACAAUCAGUUUAAGAACAUGAAAGUGGAGAAUGGUAAAGGAGGUGGUGGUGGAGGCAAAGAUAACAAAUCUCAAAAGGGUGGAAAAGGAGGCCAACAGCAACAGCAGCAGCAGCAAAUGCAGCAAUUUAAAGGACCUAAAGAUCUGAAAAUGGCUCAUAAAGACCAGAAAUCUGUCAAGUUCAAUCUGCAAGAUGAUUAUAUUGAUGCAAGUGAUGUUGAUGAUUUUGAUGAUGACUUUGAUGAAUUUGAUGACGACUUUGAUGAUGAAGAUUUUGAUGAUGAAGAUGAUGGGGAGUUUAGUCAUGGUUAUGCGCAGGGACAUGGUCAUGGUCAUCAUUUGCCUAAUAAAAUUACGCCUGCGAUGAUGGGUAAUGUCAAUAGACCACACGGCCCCCCUCAUGGUAUGAUGAUUAAUGGGCCUAUGAAGGGUGGUGGAGCAGGUGGUGGUGGUGGUGGUGGGGGAGGAAAUGCCAAGAAAGGAGGUGGUGGUGAUUUUGAAAUACCUGUGGUAAUUAAGGGCAAAGGUGGAAAUAAUGAUAGUAAGAAGGGUAACAGUGGAAAGAACGGCGGUGAUGGUGGCAAGAGUGGUCAUAAUCAUGGCAAAGGAGGGAAUCAAAAACAAGAAAGUAAAGAGAAACAUGGUGGUAAAAGUGGGGGUAUUGCAGCGUUCUUGGGUUUUGGUAGGAAAAGUAAAAAUGGAAGAGAAAGUAGUAGUACUACUACUACUGAUAAGGGUAGUACCGGUAAUGGCGGAUCAGCUGGAAACAAUCAUAAAAACGGGGUCAAGAAAGGUGGAGGCAAAAAUGAUGGGGUCCAUAAUCCUAACAAAACCAAACAAGUGUACCAUGACAUUGAUAUCAAUGGCGCUCAUGGACCCAAAAGCAUGGGCCAGGUCGGCCAGGUGAGGCCCAUGGGAAAUUAUAGUGGGAUGGCUAAUUUUCCUGCAGUGCAAGGACUGCCUGCAGGAGCACCACCAGCAAUGAAUGGUGGAUAUUAUCAAGGAAUGGGGAUGGGAGGAGGACCCAAUCCUUACAGUAAUCAACAAUAUAUGGCUAUGAUGAUGAAUCAACAAAGGCAAAAUGGGAAUGAUAUGUUUCAGCCAAUGAUGUAUGCCCGGCCACCGUAUCCCGCUGUUAAUUACAUGCCGCCUCCGCCGAUGCCGUCCCACCCCAUGUCUGAUCCUUAUGCUCACUUCUUCAGUGAUGAAAAUGCCAAUAGUUGCAGUAUAAUGUGAAAUCUAAAGUUGCUAGAGGCUAGAGUAGUUUAGUACAAUAAUGUUGUUAUUUUUGGUUAUUUGAGAUAAUUUGAUAUGAGGUUUUGUAAUGGGUGAUUAUACAAAAAAGGGUUUAAGGUUUUAAAACUUGCCUUCACCUAUGUCAUGUCACUUUUCUAUGAUCAUUCAAACUCCUCAGUUUGAUAGCAAAUAUUUUUUUUUUCUUUCCCAAUUUUCAUUUUAAAGAAUGUAUAUUGUAUUAUGGCCUAUUAGUGCUUUCAAAAAGAUGUAUCUUUUCUUUUUC